UUGAGAUUUAGUAUUUUCGAUGACAGUGUAGCAUCGAUUUGCCCAUUGGCGAAUUGAUUCAGUGGUGCCGCGUUUCAAAGCUGCUAAGAAUGCAGCAUCGACGAUGCCGUGAACCAAUUUAGACUGGUGUUCAAAUUUAGAUUUCAGGAAUGCAAACAGGUUCCAGGGAUGUUCUCACUUGAUGGUUUUUGCCAACGAUAGUCGCAACGCAGGGUCCAGAGACGAAAUGAGAAGAGUCUUGGCCUUUGUGUUGGUAUAUGUCAUUGGCUCGCGAUGUGGUAAUGUAGGUUUCAAUUUCUAUCAUAUAGUUUUGAAAGUCAUCCUGUUCAGCUUUAGGAGUGUUGAUGAUUUCACUGCGUAUAGGUUUGAUUAUAUGGUUGGUCUCAUCUUUAGGGAAUUUCUGUUCAUAAUAGAGAGUGUUGGUGAGAUCGUCAGUAUACUGAGAGAACAUAGCAAGUUCCAUAUCUUAUUGCCAGAGAUCUAUGUUGGAUCCGAGGAUGGUCCAGGACACCGCAGUGCCCUUAACGGUAAAUUGAGCGCUAGAAAGCAUGAUAUGUGGUAUAGAAUAUCAAAAAUAGGCCCAUAACCUAAGAAGAUCUACCAAACUUG